AUGAAACUCCAAUCCCUCACCCAGGCAGCAAGUCUGCUGCUCUCUCUGGGCACCGCAGUAGAGGGCUUCACUCGCUCCAGGAACGACGCCUGCAAGCCCAACAACCCAUUCAAACCAUUGCCCACCAGUCACCAACGAAGCAAAACCUGUCGUGUCUCGGCCCACGGCGACGGCACUGACGACUCGCCUGCUAUUCUAAAAGCGAUCAAGAAGUGCAAUAAUGGUGGAAAGGUCGUCUUCGAUGAGGAUAAGGAAUAUACUAUCGGGACGGCGCUGGAUUUGACUUUUCUGAAGAAUAUUGAUCUUGAAAUCCUCGGCAAGAUCCAAUUCACCAACGACACCGACUACUGGCAGAAGAACUCCUUCAAACACACCUUCCAGAACUCCAGCACCUUCUUCCAGAUUGGUGGCGAAGACGUCAACGUGUAUGGCGGCGGCACGCUAGACGGCAACGGCCAGGCCUGGUAUGACCUGUUCGCCGAGGACGCGCUGAUCCUGCGUCCUAUCCUGGUGGGAAUUAUCGGCUUGAAGGGCGGCACGAUUGGGCCGUUGAAGCUGCGGUACUCGCCGCAGUGGUAUCAGCUUGUUGCCAACUCGUCGGAUGUGCUGUUCGAUGGGAUUGAUAUCUCUGGGUAUAGUAGCAGUAAGCAUGAGGCGAAGAAUACGGAUGGAUGGUUUGUCUCUCUGCAUUUUCUUUAUAUGCGAUUGGUGGUUUGA